CCCUCACCUGUCAAAAACCUCACAAGUUUGCGUUCGUCAACUUCCGACAAGCCGCUGACGAUCUCUUUUCCGUCAAAUUGCACUGAGGUGAACACAUUUGACCGAGAUGUCGGCCCACAAGACUUUCCGGAUUAAGCAGAAGCUGGCCAAAAAGCUGAAGCAAAACAGACCCAUUCCACAAUGGAUCAGAAUGCGCACUGGUAACACGAUCCGCUACAACGCCAAGCGCCGUCACUGGAGACGUACCAAGCUGAAGCUGUAAGCUUCGGACGCGGACCGGUUAUACCACGAUUCUCUGUUUACAUCUUAUCGAUCUAUCGUGGAGAAUGUUUGCUUCCUGGCUUCGCUGCUGUUCCGAGAUUUCCAGUCUCAUCGGAUAAUUGACUUCCUCGGAAUCGGGGAAGUGUUGUUAUAAAGGUGCAGACGACAAA